CCCGCCCGAUCCAACGGACCCUGCUCAUUCCAUUUCACUCCUCUCUCCGCUCCUCGCCGGAACACUCGCCGUCCGUCCGUCCGUCUCCGUCUCCGUCCCCUACAUCACCAACAUCACCAUCUCGUUCCAUAAUUCGACGAAAUUACUCUGUCCUCGAAGUCAACGCAGAUUCAAACAUUGAGCGAGUUGGAAUCGGAGCCAGCGAGUGGGGAAGAUGGCGGACUCGGACAACGACUCAGGAGGAGCGCACAACGCGGGAAACAAUGCCAACAGCAGCGAGUUAUCGCCCCGGGAGCAAGACCGGUUCUUGCCGAUAGCGAACGUUAGCAGAAUCAUGAAGAAGGCGCUUCCGGCGAACGCCAAGAUCUCAAAGGACGCGAAAGAGACGGUGCAAGAAUGCGUGUCGGAGUUCAUCAGCUUCAUCACCGGCGAAGCCUCCGACAAGUGCCAGAGAGAGAAGCGCAAAACUAUAAACGGCGACGACCUACUUUGGGCCAUGACGACCUUGGGCUUCGAGGACUACGUUGAGCCUCUAAAGAUUUACCUUCAACGCUUUAGGGAGAUGGAGGGAGAGAAGACCGUUGCCGCACGUGACAAGGACGCCGCCGUCGCGAACGUGUACGAGUACUCGGCCGCUGCGGGCGGAGGAGGGGGAGGGAUGAUGAUGCACCAAGGACACGUGUACGGUUCUCAUGCGUUUCAUCAAGUGGGUGUCACUGGUGGUAGUGGUUCUCCUGUUUUGGGUAAGCCCGGGCCCACUUAUCCUUCCGCUGGAUCCAAUGCGGGUAGACCCAGGUAGAUGUGGUGUGCGCUCUCCACUACCUUUUUUUUCCCUUCUUUUUUUUCAUUUGUAUUUUAAAAAAAAAUUGAUAAAAAUGCAAGAGUUUUAGUUGUAGCUUGUAAGACUAAUUUGGGGGCUUGUGAGAAGAAGCAUUCAGUGAAUUCUAUUACACCAAAAAAUAAGUUUGGAUUUUAAUGUCAUUGGUGAUUGGCAGCACUCUGUUAUCUGUCAUGUAAGUACACACUUUACACUUCUUCCAUCCCAAUCUGGGUUAGUGUUAUUGUUACUGUUCUAAGAUAGAAUUAAAUAGUGCUUCUUUUCUCCUUUUUUUGUACCACAUCUUUUAUUAUUUACGUCCAAUCCAAUUACUCAAAUAUUCCUUUCCUUUUCUUACCCCUUCUUAGUGAAUGGUAUCCAUUAAUUUUAUU